AAGAAACGAGCGAGAGCGAGAGCGAGAGAGCGACAGAGACGGAGAAUGGAAGCUCUAACGUUGGUGGGUUCUGCCACACCUCGCGUUUCUUCUUCACUCUCUGCUUCUUACCCGUCACCCAAUACCUUAUCCUACGCUCCCUCCUGGAACCUAUCCGCACGCGCCGCCGCCAACAACAACAACUACCACCACCUAUCAUCAUUCAAACCAGUAUCCCGUCUCUUCUCAUACUCCCCAUCUCGCCCUCAUACCCACCGGAAAAAUCAUGUCUUUCUUCCUCACUUGGUUGCUUCCCUGGAAGAAGUGCAGCAGACUUACAUUAUGAUUAAGCCAGAUGGUGUCCAGAGGGGCCUUGUUGGAGAGAUAAUUUCUAGGUUUGAGAGAAAGGGAUUUAAGCUAACAGCGCUAAAGCUCUUUCAAUGCCCCAAUGAAUUGGCAGAGGAGCAUUACAAGGAUCUGCAAUCGAAGCCAUUCUUUCCGAAGCUGAUCAAGUACAUUACGUCUGGUCCUGUUGUGUGUAUGGCUUGGGAGGGCAUCGGUGUUGUUGCAUCAGCCCGGAAGUUAAUAGGAGCUACAAAUCCUCUUAAUGCUGAACCGGGCACAAUCAGAGGAGACCUUUCUGUUCAAACUGGAAGGAAUGUGGUGCAUGGAAGUGACAGCCCUGAGAAUGGCAAACGCGAAAUAGCUCUGUGGUUCAAAGAAGGAGAAUUAUGCGAAUGGACACCAACUCAAGAACCGUGGUUGAUAGAAUAGUUCCAAUCAAGGCGAGAUGCAGUGAUUUGUUCGUUUUUGGUCGAGAGAUAUUACAUGUCUGUCUGUGAACUGGAGAUAUGUUCGUUUGUUUCAAACUGACAAUACACCAUUUCUUAUCAAUAAAUUUUUUCAGGAUAAGGGACACAAAGGAUUUAAUUCCUCUAACUCCCUUUCUGAUUGAGUUCCACUUGUUCUUGAAA